AUGGCAAGUGCUAAACACAUCAAGGUUACCAGGAGACUAGAGCAGCAUUCUGGUUGCCUAGAUACAGAUGUAAACAACAGUGCCUCUCCGACUGCAGAACAGCCAGAUGAACCUGAUGGCCCCCUUCCUGGCUCAACCAGUGACCAAGUAAGAUUAUCUCCAGCCAAAAUGUCAACCAAGAAUUCUACAGAUCUAGUUGAAUAUGUUAACAAGGACCAUUCUUUCCUUCCUGUCAUUCCAAACACCCAGAGAAGUCAGCUAGAAACCAGACUAAACAGCCAGGAGCGCACGAUAGCUUUCCUCCUUGAACAAGCCUUCCACAUCAAAGAGGACAUCUCUGCUUGUCUUCAGGGAAACCACGGCUUUCGCAAAGAGGAGUCACUUGCCAGGAAGCUACUGGAAAACCAUAUCCAGACCAUCACCAGCAUCGUCAAAAAACUCAGCCAAAAUAUUGAGAAUUUAGAAGACCAAAUAAGAGUUCGAGACCAGACGGCCACAGGAACUAAUUUUGCAGUACAGGAGCUAAACACCAAACAUCUUCAAGGUAUUGGAGAUCUUCGAGGAAGAGUCGCCAGAUGUGACUCCAGUAUUGUGAAGCUUUCUGGAGAUGUGCAUUUCAUCAGGCACGAGCACCAGCAAAUUGAAAAAACAAUUCAAGAGCUCAUGUCUGCCCUAGAAACUGUUUCUAAGAACUUGGAUAUGAAGGUAAUGCAGCUCUUAGGGAAGAUGGAGGCUUCCAGUUCUGAGCAAAUAUCGAAUUUAAAGAUGGUCCAGGGGAAUUAUCGCCACGAAAUGAAUCUUUUGGAGUUCAAAUUUAAUUCACUUUCCAAUAACCUGUAUGAGGAAGUUGAGACCAAUCAGAAAUGGGCAGAAAACCAGUUCAUCAAAUAUGAAAAAGGCCAGCUCAGCCAUAUCCAUGAGUGCCUGAAGCUCCUGCAGGAGAAACUGGAAAAGUCUGAAAAUAAAAUGGAAAAAAAAUUACUGCAGCUUUCGAGCAAAUUAGAGAAUUUCAUCAAUGCACAGAAACAGGAAGCAGAACUAAGCAAAGUAAAACAUAUAGAAAAUAAACUAUCCAAAAAGAUGAACCAACUAGAAAAGCACAUCUGGGAAGAAUUAGAGAAAAUGCAGAAUGAAUAUCAAUCAGGAUUUAAAUCGAUUCAUGACUCUCUCAGCUCCCUCCAACAAAUACAGAAAACAAAGAUGGAUUUAGAGAAAUAUAAAGUUCAGAAAGACCUAAAGAAGUUACAGCGUAAGAUAGUGGAACUCCAGGAAAUAUGAAACCUUCUUGUCAUCUUCUUUAUCACCGAACAAUGGAGUGGUUUGUUGGUAAAAGUUGGGAAGAAGAAACCUCUGGGAUGUUUAUUGCUUCUACUGUCUCUGCAACUCUUACUACCUUUUAAAGGAGAUGAAUAUACCAGAAAACCCAAUA